UUAGAAAAAUAAUUAAGAACUUAUGUUUAAUCAAUAAAUUAUAGAUAUUCAUUAUAUGCGUCUUGUGAGAUAGUUUUGUCUAAAAAAAGCUUCCUAAAAGUAACAUUAGAAGGCGCUUCAAUCAACAACGAUUUGCUCAAGUGAAAACAUUGAAGUUAGAAUGAUUUGAAUAAUAAAUUCAAAUCAUUCUUUGUAUAAUUCCUAAAUUAAUUAUAAUUGUAUGUAUGUGGAAAGAGAUGUAGAAUUAUUUAUUUUUCAUUUAUGUUCACCUAUGAUGUUUUGUCAUCAGAGUAAAGAAUUGCUAAAUAAAUAUUUCUUAGACGCAUUAUGUUUAUUUCAUGAAACACAAUGGAUUUAUAACCAUCCAGUUACUGAGAUAUUAGUUAAAGGAUCAUUGGAUGCUAUUCCCAAAGAAUGGUUAGAUGUAUUGCAAUCUUUAUCAAGUGAAGAACUUAACAACUUUGUUGUUAACAAAACAUUGCCUGUAUGGCCUAAGACACUUCAGAACUUUAUAGAAAAAUGUAAAUAUAUUAAUAAAUUAUUAGACAUAAAUCCUUCAAUAAGAUUGGAAGUGCCACAACAAUUUAUAAAAGGUUUAAAUCCCAAAAAACAACAUGAAAUAAUGCAUUUAGCACAAUUAAUACAUACACAAUGUAAAACACAAAAGAUAGAUGUUAUCAUUGAUUUUGGAAGUGGUUUGGGAUAUGUUUGUCAAUUACUGUAUUAUCUAUAUGGAUAUAAAGUGCUUGGAUUAGAUGGGAAUGAAACAAAUGUAAAUAUAGCUCGCAAUAGACAAAAGAAAAUGUAUCCAACAUCUGUAAAUCAUGUUAAAUAUGCGUUUUGUAAACUAUCAUAUCAUUCUAUAGAAAUAAUAGAAUCUCUUGUAUUUUCUGAAUUUGGAAACAUUGAUAAUCUUUGCUUUAUUGGAUUACACGCCUGUGGAGACUUAAGUGUAUAUGUAUCUAAAAUAUUUUGUGAUAUGAAAAAUGCACAAUUAUUGAUUUUGAUUUCGUGUUGUUACCAUAAACUUUCUAUAUCCAAAAAUGAAAAAGAAAUACCAAAUAAUAUACAAUAUUUUGAUAAUUUUCCAAUGUCACAAUGCCUUCAGGAAGCAAUUGCUAAUUCAAAUUUAGAUACUAGUACAUUUUUAAGACAACCAUUUUUACGAUUAGCGUGUCAAGAGCCAGCUGAAAGAUGGAUUAAUAUGUCUCAAGAUUCACAUGAUACACAUGCUUUUCAUGUACUUGCUAGAGCUGUACUUGAAUUAUAUGUAAAACAAAAUAAGUUUUAUUUAAAAAAACGAGUUCGAAAAGCUACAAGACGAUCUCAGUGUUCUAGCAUUGAAAAUUACGUGAAGGACACAUUAUUGAGAUAUACUUUGGAGCCAAUCAAUGAAGUAAUACCACAAACAGAAGGAAAAAUUAAUUACCAUGAAAUAAUUCAAAAUGAUAUGAUAGAAUUAUGGAAACAUCAUUGUCAAAGAUCAAAAGAAGUAGAGAUUUAUACUGGUCUACAAUUAAUUUUACAAGCACCAGCAGAAUCAAUAGUCUUACAAGAUCGGUUGUGCUGGUUACAAGAACAAGGUUUAGAGGCAACUAUUUUUCCUGUUAUGAAUAAAAUAUUAUCCCCACGAUCUAAUGCUAUUAUAGCACAAAAAUUAAAAAAAAGUAUAAUUAAAUAGAAUUGCAGUGAUAAAAUAAGACCUAUAAAUAUCAUACACACGUAUAUGUAUACCUUUCUCAGUUAUAAUGUUGUCACAUUUAAUAAAAAUAUUAAUAUCUCCUAUCUUCCAUAUGGAUGAAUUUGUGAUGCAGCUUUAAUAUUUGUUUUGAUUGCACUAGGAGCUUUGUUCAUUUGUCCCACUGUAAUAAAAUAAUUGGAAAUUAAUAUAA